AUGGAGCAUCUUCUCUUCGGCGAUGGUGAAGAAGACGAACAACUCCACAAACUUGCCGGAGGUUACUUCGCUCAAGGAGAUCACAUCAAGGCUUUGGAGGUAAUAGAAGAUUCGAUUUCGACUCGUGGGAAACAAAAACUUGCAGGAAAGCUUCAUUUCCUACAAGGUUCCAUCUUCUUUAAGCUAGCGAACAGAACAGAGAACAGUGACAUCAAGUUCGCUUUCUUGUUGGGUUCUGUAGAAUGCUUUACGCAACAUUAUGGAGUACACGAGUUCUCUGCAAUGGCAUUGCUCGACUUGGCCCAACAGCUUGGCUCAGCAGUGUAUUACAGGAAAGCCAUCAACUAUGCCAAAGAGAGUUUAUCUUUUUUGGCUACGUAUGACCGAUUGUCCUUGCUCGAGCAAAAUACUAAAACUACACUUGAGAACGUAGUCCAUGUGGCAGAGUCAAAGAUCCUCGUAGGUCUUACUGGGAAAAACUCUGACCCAAAUCUUAGGGAGUCAAAGGGAGUUAGAGAUACCAUAAGGAGUGACUCGCAGAACGCUGCAGGUCAAAGAUUGAGGUCGUACUGGGCGGGUAUGAAUGUCGAGAGUAAAAGGAACUUUACGAAAGUAUGCACUGUGGAGCUUAGAGGUUAUGUCGAGAGAUUAUAUGGUAGAGAGGGACAAGAAGCUUUGGAGCAAGUUCUCACUUGUGCAAAGACCAACAGAAAAUGGAAAUUCUGGAUGUGUCGAACUUGUUCACUCAAGUUCUUUUAUCCGAAAAAGUUAAAGUCUCAUCUUGAGCAAGAACAUGCCGCAAAAUUUAAACCUUCUACGAAAAAGCAUAUGCCCCAGAGGGUAAAUGAAGCGUGGGCUAGUAUGAUAUCAGUUGCAGGUUGGGAACCAGUGGAUGCAGUAGCUGCCGCUGAAAUGAUCAAGACUCGGCUCGAAUUUGUGAAAGAGUUUGUCUAUGAGAAUGGAUGGUGCAAAGACUGGCCUUUAGCUGCGGAUGAAAAGCGCAGUAAGUUACUCAAGGAAAUCCGGUUGCUCCUUGUGUCGUUUUGGGACCGUAAGAUUCUCUCUUGUAGCAUUCGAGACUGGAUGAUGCAUUUUCCAGUUAUGCAUCUUGCAAAAUUUGAAGUUUCUGAGCAUACUCUUACUACCGAGUGUCACCUAUUGAAAACACCUCAGAGUAUCUGCUUCUUGGAAUGCCGUGAACUUAAUCAAAUUCUAGACCUUCUCAAACAGAUCAAGUGCGAAAGGGAUGAUGGUACAGAUCUGAUUUGCAGAGCAGUGGACAGUUUAUGGGGUCUUACUCGGGUUAAAGAAAAGAUCGAAUUAGACCAUCAGUUUACUCAUAUGCUUCUGGAUAAAAGACUGCUGAGAGGCAAGAUUGCGUCAUUCGAUGAUGUAGGGACAAUAGAUGUUUGUGAUCAUAAUGUUUACUACGCCAAGACACGUCCUCAGGGCGACGAUCUCAUAACCUGGUUACUUGACUACCCUUUGAUAGAUGAGAGCUUUGAAUUUCCCAGAUCUAUUAGGGCACACAAUCUUGAUAUAUGGGUGGCUAUUCUGAGAUCCAUUCACUUCACGUGUAGGACUUUGGGAAUCAAAUAUUCAAAGAAGUUGCAAAUCCUAUGUUAUGAUGCAGGUCUUCUUGAGGCUAAGAACAUAUGUAUAUGCGAAGAUGAAAGGAGAAGGAGCAUUCUGGAACAUCAAUGGAUUAAAUAUGCAUCUCUCCUAGGCGAUAAAUGUGAAGAGCAUUUAAAAACAGAUGCCGGAGACUCUCUCAAUACAAAACUAUUCUUGUGUGCAGUAAGAGAUGUUCUCGAAGGAGCAUCGCAUCCGGCAUUUGAUUACCCUGAUCUAGAUGUUCCGGUAGUCGAUUCAAAGAUUUUGCUGGUUGAAAAUUCAAGGAUUAAUUUGCUAAACGACCUCGCCAGGCUUUCUGCUUUUGAUUACCGCUCUUAUAUCCUGCACCUGCUGAAACGUUUCUUGCGGGAGAAGUUAGAUGGACUCGUAGAUAUGGAUGCCAAAGCCAAGGUAGCUGCUGCAGAAGCAUAUCUUUUACCUGAGGAGGGGAAGAUAUCGCUGUUAAAGAAGAAGAAAAAUAAAUGCAACAAGGAAGGAUAUGAUGGACUUCAAGAGUUAGCUAGGGUAGCUGCUGCAGAAGCAGAUCUCCUAUCUGAGAAAAAACAACACAAGGAAAAGACGGCAAGGUCAAAGAAGAAUAAACAUGGAAACAUCAAGAGAACUUCAACGAGCAUGUCUAGUCUUCCUGAUCAGAAUUUAGAACAUGAAUCUUCUGUCAACCUUGAACCGGGAGUUACUUCUCCAUCACUAAAAACGGUGGAAGAAGAUUCUACAGAACCAGAAGAUACUCUUUCGAGUGAAAGGAGUCGACUGGAAAUUUCAUCCAGCACUGACAAUCAAGAGGAAGAAGAUCCUAAAGAUAUGCAAAACAUGCCUGGAGAAGAUUCACUGUCGAAACAUUUGGAGGCAGCACAUGUAGUAGCUGCAACCAGAUGCAAUUCAGCUCUUGAAAUGACGCUGAAGGCCCUUUGUAACAUUAAGGUUCUUAAAGAGUAUUUGGUGCACAACCAGCAUCAAUUUCCUGACAACCUUGAAGAACAAGUUCCUUGUGCAUUACAAAAUUUCUUUACUGCUUUCGUCUCGAAGCAGAUAAAAGAUGAGGGACUCUACUGUGACCUCCUGAACAAAUUACUUGCUGCCCUAGAAGAAGUUCAUUUAAUGUCAAGUGAUGUUGCUGAGCUAUUCGUAUCCAUCCUUGAAUUUUGGCCUUGCUGGAAAAGUCCACAUAUAGAAAGCGUUGUAACUCGUCUAUUUACACUGGACGAAUAUGAAAGAAUGAGUUGUAGCGAAUGCAGAAAGAAACCAAAUUAUUCAGAGCAAAGUUCUUAUGGCGUUGUUGUGGCUGCAGAUUCAGUCAGAGACCUGAAGUGCGCUUUUGGGAAUAUAAAGUUUGAGGAUGUCCUUAAGGAGAUCCGCAUGGAAAAUGAAAUGUUAUGUGACAUUAAAACAGGAGGCUGUGGAAAGGCAAACUUUGUUCAUCACAUUAUAAGUACAUGCCCGCCUAUCUUCACAAUCGUGUUGGAAUGGGAGAAGGAUGAAACUGAAAAGGAAAUAUCUGAAACAGCAAAGGCUUUGGAGUGGGAGAUAGAUAUCAGCAGGUUGUACGAAGGCGUAGAACUAAACACAAAGUACCGGCUUGUGUCAAUGGUUGGUUGUGGUGAAGCCGAAGAAUACAUUUGCCUAGCUUACAAAAAGAUCCGGUGGUUCAGUUUCAGACAUGAAGCUUUAGCGAAAGAGGCUGUUGGUAAUUGGAAGAGUGUGGUCAAAUUCUGUGGAGAAAGGAAGGUUCGGCCAAGGAUUCUGUUUUAUGAAGCUGUUCAAUGGCCUCACAAGUAA